AUGUCUAUCGCCCACUCAAAGUCCGCCUCCAGCCUCCCUAGCCUCUCCCAGCCCAAAACACCCCGCCCGGCACUGCCGCGCGUACGCAGUGCCAUUGUACAAUCGCCAUCCUCGCCAGUCUCUGUCUAUGCUCUUCGUGGCGACAGGAAUGAGGAUCCAUUCAGCCUGUCCGACUUUUUCCCUUCAGACCUCAUGGGCUCCGAGCACGACAGGGGUCGGGAAUGGGCCUGGCUGCAGACUCGCCGCAUUCAUCGCGAUGAGGAGCUCUCGGACGACCUUCCUUCGCCGGCCGACGAAACCGAAUGGCUCCCUCCCACUCCACCCAGCCUCGUCGCCGGAGACUUUACUGACGACGAAACUAGAGAAUGUAUCCGUCGCGAGGACAAGUUGGGCAUUCUCACGUUGGGACAUCCCCUGGCUAUAAAAUAUAUGGACUCUGUCUUGCAGAGCGACCAUAUGCUCUCGCCUUACGCGGAAGAUGGUCCGACGGACUACGAGGGUCUGUACCGGUCCUUGUCUGCUCUGCGCGAGGCCACCCACGGCACCCCGCGCGUGUCUGAAGUCAAGAACGCGUCGGUGGCCGAGCUCUUUUGCCCCCGAGCAGAAUAUGACGAAGUAGGGCAUGGUGUGCAGGGAUCAUUGGUGUAUCGUGGGCUAUGGAGGGCUUUCGAGCUCCUAGAUACACAAAUAUAA